AUCAUCUAUCAUUAGUAUUAAUACAUUUAUAUUGUGCUAAUCCAUUGAUUUUUUAUGUUUAUUUUCAGUUCCUAUCAAGACUUGGUGUACCAGAAAAAUGGCAUGUUGUAGAUGUUUUAAGUUUAGAUAAGGAUAUGUUAGGCAUUAUUCCUAGACCUACUCUAGCAAUGAUUUUGCUUUUUCCCACAUCUGAAAAGUAUGAAAAGUUAAAGGAAGAACAAGAAGCUGCAUUAAAAGAAAAAGGUCAAGAAGUAUCACCAAAUGUUUAUUAUUUAAAACAAGUCAUUUCUAAUUCAUGUGGAACUGUUGCACUUGUCCACUCUGUUGCUAACAAUGAUAAUGAUAUCCAGCUUGGGGAUGGGUUCCUGAAGCAGUUCUUAGAAGAUACAAAAUCACUUACACCAGAAGAAAGAGGAGAUGCAUUAGCUAGUAAUCAAGGAUUUAUUACUGCUCAUACCGAAAUUGCAACAGAGGGUCAAUCACAGUUGCCGACUGAUGAUAAUCCUGUGCUUCACCACUUUGUUGCAUUUGUGUGCAAAGAUGGAACAUUGUAUGAGCUUGAUGGACGUAAAGCCUUCCCUAUAAACCAUGGACCAACUAAUUCUGAAAGUUUUAUUGAAGAUGCUGCCAAGGUUAUUACUGAUAUUAUGAAGAAAGAUCCCGAUGAAAUGAGAUUCACUGUCUGUGCUUUGUCAGCAAACAUUGAUUAAUACUUUAUACCUUAUUUUCGUUAUUUAUGCUUUAAAAUAUUAAAUUUUUUGUGAUAUGAAAUGUAAUUUCAUUACUGUGUGCCUAUGUGAAAACUUUUUUUUUUUAGCACAGCCAUAUUUUUGCAUUUAUACUUCUUUACUUCAAUUUGCAAAUAAAACAUUGCAUAUGUAGUUUUAAUGGUUUUAUUUGAUUUGAAAAUUAAAGAAUAAACUGCCGAAUUGAGUUUUGCAGUUUGUACUUUUAAUUUUUCAAACCUAUCCCUUACCGUUGUAUAACUGU